AUGCCGAUCAGAAACAUCGCCGUCGGAACUCCUCAAGAGGCCUAUCACCCAGACACCUUGAAAGCCGGUUUGGCUGAGUUCAUCUCCACCUUCAUCUUCGUCUUCGCCGGUUCAGGGUCCGGUAUCGCAUACAACAAGCUUACCGACAACGGUGCCGCCACUCCCGCCGGUCUCAUCGCUGCUUCCAUAGCUCACGCAUUCGCUCUCUUUGUUGCUGUCUCCGUCGGUGCUAACAUCUCCGGUGGACACGUCAACCCCGCCGUCACCUUCGGUGCUUUCGUUGGUGGAAACAUCACCUUACUCCGUGGUAUCGUUUACAUCAUCGCUCAACUCCUCGGAUCCAUCGUCGCCUCCGCACUCCUCGUGUUCGUCACCGCAUCGUCUGUUCCAGCAUUCGGUCUAUCCGCAGGAGUAGGAGUGGGUCCCGCUUUGGUGUUGGAGAUUGUGAUGACUUUCGGUUUGGUGUACACUGUGUAUGCUACAGCCGUUGACCCAAAGAAGGGUAAUAUUGGAAUUAUCGCACCUAUUGCUAUUGGUUUCAUCGUUGGUGCUAACAUUUUGGUUGGAGGAGCCUUUACCGGAGCAUCCAUGAACCCCGCCGUGUCAUUCGGGCCUGCCGUUGUGAGCUGGAGCUGGGCCAACCACUGGAUCUACUGGGCCGGCCCACUUAUCGGUGGUGGGAUUGCUGGGCUUGUCUAUGAGGUUCUUUUCAUUAACGGCACCCAUGAGCAGCUUCCAACCACUGACUACUAG